UAUUUGUAAAAUCGUUAUUGUGAUGUUACUAUAUAUAUAUUAUUUAUAGGUUCUGUUUAUUUGUACUGCUAAUGUGACUGAAACCAUUCCUGAACCUUUAAGAGACCGUAUGGAAAUGAUUGAUGUAUCAGGUUAUGUAGCGGAGGAGAAAAUGAAUAUUGCAACGUCCUACCUUGUACCUCAAGCUCAAGUUAAUUCAGGUGUUGACCAUGACACUGUUAAAAUCGGUGAUAGUGCUAUGAGAUUGCUUAUUAAAUCUUAUUGCCGUGAAAGCGGAGUGAGAAAUCUACAGAAACAAAUUGAAAAGGUUUAUCGGAAAGCUGCAUUUAGAAUUGUGAAGGAAGGGAUCAGCAACAUUCUUGUAACCCCUGACAAUCUGCAAGAAUUUGUGGGCAAACCACUUUUCACUACAGAUAAGAUGUAUGAACAGACACCACCUGGAGUUGUAAUGGGCCUUGCUUGGACAGCAAUGGGUAUGUAA